AUGACGUAUUGUUCAGUUUAAUGAGUCGGUUGAUGACUUUUAUGAGUUACACUGAAGUAAUGAAUUAAUCAGCAGUAAAUAGUGAUGCCUUUGUGGAGCGUAUCUUCUAUAAUAAAAAUUAGGUAGUAAUUUAUUUAAUUGUAGUUUGGAAAUCAAAAAGAGUAGAUUUUUUAAACGAGACAUUUCUAUUUUUCUCCAGACAUUUGAGGUUAAAUGAGUGUUAACAUAUUACAAAGUGCAAGUUCAUAACCUUUAAUUUCCGUUAAUUAAGGCAAUAAAUGUGCUAACGACUUUCUUAAAAGCGUACGACAUCCAGUAACAAAGAUGUCUUUCCAAGUGCGUGCUUUAUAUGACUUCGAUGGUGAACCAGGCACUGCUGAAAUGUCAAUAUCAUCUGGUGAGACUCUUACAGUGACAAGAACUGAUGUUGGCGAAGGAUGGUGGGAAGGUGUCAAUAAAAAUGGAAAAUCAGGUUUAUUUCCUGAAGCUUAUGUGGAAAAAAUAUCUGCCAAUAGUGGAGGUCCACCCCAAAUACCAGCACCUUUACUUACACCUACUCCCAAUCUUAUGGAUGACUGGGGAAGCAGUGCUCAGCCACAACCGGUUGCAGCAAAUGACAAUGACGGCUGGGAUGAUGAUUGGGAUGAAGAUCCAUAUUCAGAAAUCCAAGGCAAUGCCCAUCAUCAGCAUGAACAACUUUAUUCGAAUGAAACAAACCACAAUUUAAAUCCCAGAGGUGAUGCUGAUAAUUUCAGUGAGGCCAGCUUUGGAGGAAUUGAUAAUAAAGGUACUGUGACCAAAAAGAGCUUAAAUAGAUUUUCUACUUUUGUUAAAUCUGGGGGAGAGAGUUACAUUUUAGGAACCUUAAAAGUUAAUGUUGAUGAAUCAAGAAUUAUUAGAAUAGUUAAGUUGGAUGAGUCAACUUUUGCCUGGCCAGCUAUUACCCCUUCAAAUCAAUAUACAGUUUUGGUAACAUCCCCCAAGAAAGAAACAAAACUAAAGGGUCUAAAAAGUUUCAUAGCCUAUCAACUGACACCCUCAUUUAAUAACAUACAAGUAUCAAGAAGAUAUAAGCACUUUGACUGGUUACAUGAAAGAUUGUGUGAGAAAUUCAGUUUAGUAGCUGUACCCCCAUUACCAGAUAAACAGAUCUCUGGAAGGUACGAAGAACAUUUCAUAGAACAUCGAAGAGUCCAACUGCAAGAAUUUGUUAAUUGGGUCUGUAAACAUCCAAUUCUGUCCAAGUGUGAUGUAUGGCAACAUUUUAUUACCUGCACCGAUGAGAAAUUAUGGAAGCAGGGUAAAAGAGCUGCAGAAAGGGAUCCUUUGCAAGGAGCUAACUUUUGUCUUUGUAUAGAAGCCCCAGACAAAAAUUUACUUCAGUCUUGGGUAGAUGAACGAAUGGAAAUCAACAUUAAUUUCAUACACAAUUUGGAUGCGGCAGUUAAAAAUUUACAGGCAACAGCAACAGAUCAAUGUCGUAAAUAUUCGACAGCAUUCAAAAAAGAAUUUUGCAAAAUUGGCGAAAGUUUUUAUAGUUUAGGAACAGCGAUAGAGUCUGCAGAGAAAGCAAAACCCCCUGAUUUGGCAACAGGGAUAAAACGGAUAGGCACUGCAUACUUCGACAUUGGUAAAAUAUACGAGGAUCAACCAAAAUUGGACUGGGAACCCCUUGCUGACAAGCUUUACGUCUACAGAGGCAUUACAGGUGCUUUUCCUGACAUAUUUGCAAUCCACAGAGGGGCUCAACAGAAACGAAAAGAAUGCGAAAAAAUCAACAUGCCCCCAGGUCAAUUAAACGAAGUAAGAAAACGCACUGAUACCGUUACCUACGCGAUUUUUGCCGAACUAAAUCAUUUCAAAUGUGAACGCGAAAUUGAUUUAAAAAUUACAAUGAGAAAUUAUUUAAAAGAACAAAUUAAUUUCUAUAAAAAAAUAGUAGAAAAAUUGGAAGACACUCUUCAGUUCUUUGAUUAAUUGUUUAUUUAACUUACCUCUUCCGCGCCUGUUGAACUUGAUGUUGAUAUUAUGGAAUAUCAACAGGAAGGUAUAUAAGAUAAUAACAAUUAAUAUGUUUCCUAAACAACAUAAUUUUGCAUUUAUAUACGCAUAAUAUAGAUAUAUGUAUAUACUAUACAUACAGGAUGUUCCUUGCCUGCCUUAGAAUGAAAAUAUGAAGAUAACCAAGAAAAUGAGAAACAUUUAUGCAGUAAAAAUUGUAUUUUUUGAUUUCACUUGGUUCUCUACAUGUUUUUACUCGCCUAAAGUUGUCGUGAGAGGUCCUGAAUGUUCGCUUAUCUAAUUGUAUAUUAUUAAUCAAUAGUAAUUAAUUUUUAUGUAUGUAUUUUUUA